AUGCUCUACGGCACGCAAAAAUUCCCCGAGUACGACGCGCUCAAGCUAACAAAAUCGCAUCACAGGGAAUACGAAGUCUCGCUCCUCGAGCAACAUGAACUACAGACCGGUCCCCUCUCGAUCCUCAUGACUGCCACCCGUAACCACACACAAGUCCUCAUCAACUGCCGUAACAAUCGGAAACUCCUCGCCCGCGUCAAGGCCUUCGAUCGACACUGCAAUAUGGUCCUCGAGAAUGUGAAGGAGAUGUGGACAGAGAAGAGUGGCAAAGACGGCAAGAAGGGUGUCAACAAGGACAGAUUCAUCAGCAAGAUGUUCUUGCGCGGCGACAGUGUCAUUCUGGUUCUGCUCAGCUCGUGA